CUCUAUUUUCACUUUACCCUCACGGUAUUUUUAACAUGGCAGAAGCCGUAGCUAAAUUGUGCGCGUGUAUUUGGCAAGUGUCACGCUUCUAAGGAAAAGAAAAUCAUUUUCUCCUACUUAGUACUCUUGUUUGUACUGAGGACAUCAUGAGAAACCUAAAAUUACUGAGAACACGGGAAUGCCAGCCCAGCCAGCCUUUUGGAAUUCCACAGGGUUUCUCUCUCCGUGUGGACCGAGGGACAUUAUUAAUCAGCUCAGAGUAUGGAAUUGUGGAACUGGAUCCUGUCACACAGGAGGUCACAAAUAAAAUUUCUCUAACAGCAGAAGGGUUUCUGCCAGAAGAUGGAAGUGGACAUAUUGUGGGUAUCGAGGAUAUUCCUGACCAAGAAUCUGUUUGUGUGGCUACAGCCACUGGAGAUGUUAUCCUGUGCCACCUGAACACAAACCAGUUGGAGUGUGUGGGAAGUGUGGACAGUGGUCUAACAGUGAUGAGCUGGAGUCCAGACCAAGAACUUGUUCUCCUGGCGACAGGUCAGCAGACACUCAUUCUUAUGACAAGGGACUUUGAGCCGAUUAUGGAAAAUCAGAUCCACCAAGAUGACUUUGGAGAAGGGAAGUUUAUUACUGUCGGUUGGGGUAAAAAGGAGACACAGUUCCAUGGAUCUGCAGGCAAGCAGGCAGCUCACACCAAGCCAGUGGAAGUCUCACCUGCUUUGUCAUGGGAUGAUCACAGACCUCGCAUCAGCUGGAGAGGUGAUGGACAGUAUUUUGCAGUGAGUGCUGUUUGCCCAGUGACAGGUGCUCGGAAGAUCCGAGUGUGGAGCCGAGAAUUUGUUUUGCAGUCAACAAGCGAGCCUGUCCCAGGUCUAGAGCAAGCCUUAGCAUGGAAGCCCUCUGGAAGCUUGAUAGUAUCCUCUCAAGAUAAAGCCAAUAAACAUGAUGUUGUGUUCUUUGAAAAAAAUGGACUCCUUCAUGGGGAAUUCACGCUUCCCUUUCAGAAAGGCCAAGUCAAGGUCAAUGAGCUACUGUGGAAUUUGGACUCUAUGGUAUUAGCUGUAUGGCUGGAAGACCUGAAAAGUGAAAUGAACUCACGACCAAAGACGUAUGUUCAGCUGUGGACAACAGGAAACUACCACUGGUACCUGAAGCAAAGCCUACACUUUGGUAGUUCCAGAGAGAUCACCUCCCUGGCAUGGGAUCCAGAGAUUCCAUAUCGACUUCACAUCCUUUGUCAACGGUGGCUGUAUCUCUGCUAUGACUGGCAGUGGAGUACAGACCGCAGCACGAGCGAAGGGGCGAAUGACUCAGCUGGGGUGGCAGUUAUUGAUGGAGACAAGCUGCUUUUGACGACUUUUCAGCAUGCUGUGAUCCCGCCGCCUCUUUGUACGUAUCAGCUUCAGCUUCCCUGUGCUGUCAAUCAAGUGGCAUUUCCUAUGAAGCCUUCUAGCUGUGGGUAUCUUGCUGUCCUGAAUGUGAACAACAGCCUCUCCAUUUAUAAAUCCUGUGGUUAUGAUGAUAAAAAUCCUCCUGCGGUUCAAAAUGGUGCCGGUGGAACUGGUUUUAGGGACCCCAUCAGAGCCCCUCAGCUGGAAAAGACCUACAGAAUUGACACCAAGGAAGAGAGAAACCCGCUCUGGCUGCGUCUAGUCACCUGGGUGCAAGAUGACUUGUUCCUUGCUGCUAGCCAGGGACAUCUCCCCGCUCAUACACAUAUUCAUCAUCUGAAGCUGUCCUCUGCAGAAGAAGCAUGUAUUGAUAUCAGCAUACCUGUAUCUGUGGAUGGGGACAUCAUCAGCCUAUCUUGCAACCCAAAGACCCAGCUGGUGGCUCUGCAACUCUCUGAUGGCCGAGUAAUGAAAUACCUAUGGGCGGCUGAAACACCCACAGUCAUCCCUUGGCUGAGCAGCAGUGGUUCAUCUAUCCGCUUUCCGUCUCCAUGUAUGCAGGUUGCACAGGCUGUGAUUGGUGGACAAGACACCAUUUUUGGCCUAACUGACAGAUGCCGUUUUUUCAUUAAUGAUACUGAGGCUGCUUCAAAUGUCACAUCUUUCAUAAUUCAUGAUGAGUUUCUGUUGGUGACUACCCAUUCUCACACCUGCCGGUGUCUGCCUCUGAAGAACACAUCCCUGAAAGCUCUGCAAGCAGCUUUGGGCAGCACUUCUGUCCCCGAAAACGAGACCCUGCGCAAGAUUGAAAGAGGAUCUCGUAUUGUGACGAUUGUGCCACCGGACACCAAGUUGAUACUGCAGGUACCAAGAGGAAACUUGGAAACAAUUCAUCAUCGGGCUCUUGUAUUGGCUCAAGUUCGGAAGUGGCUGGACAGGAUUCAGUUUAAAGAAGCAUUUGAAUGUAUGAGGAAGCUACGAAUCAAUCUAAAUCUCCUUUAUGACCACAAUCCAAAGGUCUUCCUGGACAAUGUGGAAACGUUUAUCAAACAAGUAGAUUCUGUAAAUUAUAUCAACUUGUUUCUUACGGAGCUGAAAGAAGAAGACUUCACAAAGACUAUGUACCCACCCCUCGAGCCCAGGGAUGCCUCUGAGCAGCUCAAUUCUGAUGGUAAAAAGGUCAACCUGAUCUGCAACGCAAUGAGAACAGCCAUGGAGAAGAUCAAUGGUCCCAAAAUUGGCCUACAUGAAGACAGCAAAGUACUACUAAAUAUGCCUUCUCACCUUGAUUUUCCUCUUAUCUCCCCUGCCCCCAAGCAUUCAUCAUCUGCUUUGCUGCGUGAAUUAACAAGAUGUUUCUUAUGUUCUAGACGUUCUUCGAAAAACCGUCGCAAGGCAGAACGCAAGAAACACAGCCUUAAGGAAGGGAGCCCCCUAGAGGACAUUGCCCUCCUGGAGGCUUUAGGGGAGAUUGUGCGGAAUGUUGACAAUUUGAAAGGUGAGGUGCACAGCCUUUUGAAGCAUCUAGUCCUCUUUGGCUACGAUGGUCAUGCUCAGGAGCUCCAGCAAGCCCUUCAGGAGACCCUUCAGUUGAUGGAGCUCUCUCUUCCUGAUAUCUGGACUCCAGAGCUGCAUCCGUUUCCAGCCAACACAGUUUUGGGCCCCAACUCAACUGCCAAUAUCAUUACGGCUGCCUACAACCAACAGACAUGGACGUCUCCUGCAAUACAAGAUCUUGAACUGUUUAUACCUCCAAAACUUGACAAAAACAUCAAGUGGAAACUGAACAUUUUGCAGUAAUUCCAACUCAGAGGCUGUUGAUGAAUGUUGAGGCAUUUAUGCAUGCUGCAUGCACACCCCCUAUGCUGCCAUUGGUCGUGUGUCCUGAAGUGUGCAAGAGCAGGCCAGACAAAUGCAAACAAAUACUGCUGUCAGGAUGUCUGAUUGUGGACUUUCUCAUCAUCGUUCCACUGUACUGUUUGGAUUCAUUACCUGGAUGAGCAGGUGCACCUCUUGAGGAUAUGCCGAUCAAGCUAAACCAAUAGCUUCAGUUCCUUGAUAUUGUUCUGCUGUAUUACUGCCAUGCAGUAAUGCAGCCAACUGGUCCUUUUUUCAUGCUGAAAAUAGUUUUUUUAAAAAAUAUAUGUUAAAACAGGGCUACCAGGUAAACAGUACUUUUGUUCCCUUGCUGGAAACCUUAAACUGAUUGCUUUUACAGUUGUGUAACAAAAAUUAAUUUGUCUUACCCCAUUUAUUUUUUUCUUCCUUUAGAGGACUCAGUGUAGUACAGGUAUAGUUGGAAAGUAUUGACUGAGGACCUGGCUUAGGAUUUUCAGAAACUUAUUUUAAAAUAAAAGGCUGUGGCAAAAUGAGUAUUGAUGGGAGUUUCCCCCAAAUCAAGGAGUGAUGCUUGGAUGUGGAUAAUAAAGUUUUAUUGUAACUUUUU